AUAUGAAGUAGGCAAGACAUGCAGAAUGUAGACAAAAGUAGAAAUUGUAAGCAAAAGACUUAUCUUGAAUGUCUUUGUUUUGUUUUUUGCACAGGACUUUCUCCUGGUGGAGGUAUUUGUUGACUAAAGCAAUAUACCAUUGCAAUAUACCAUCGCACCACAAUGAAUGAAACAGUAUUCCAGGAGAAGACUGGUAUGGCGCUCCUGUAUCAAAAUGCAAGCCAAGCUUUUUUAGUUGGCUUCCACAAUAAAUGCAUCUACACACCUGACAUAACACCAUUCCUGGGGGCAUCCUACAGUCUGGCCACUGUACUUGGCUUGCUAGGAAAUGUGUCCUUGAUAUGUGUCAUCUGCCAGCAAAAGAAGAAGGCUAAUGUUACCCACAUCCUAAUUGCCAAUUUAGCCUUCUCAGACAUGCUUGUGUGCACUUUUUGCUUGCCGAUUACCGCAGUAUACACAAUGAUGGAUUACUGGGUGUUUGGCCAGGGCCUAUGUAAGAUCAGCAACUUUGUGCAGUGUGCAUCAGUCACAGUCUCUGCCCUGAUCUUAGUUUUGAUUGCCUUUGAGAGACAUCAACUUAUCCUAUACCCCACAGGCUGGAGACCCACAAUCCCUCAGGCCUAUGCAGCUGUUCUACUUGUCUGGGUUCUGGCCUCUCUCCUAACUGUGCCAUUUGUCUCUUUUGUGGUCCUUACUAAUGUUUCACACAAAAAUACAUCGCAAUUCCCAGACUUCUUGGCAAACAAGCCACUAUGUAUGGAAAAGUGGAAAUCAGCCCAUCAAAAAGUAGCUUACACAAUCUCUUUACAGCUACUGCAGUAUAUUAUGCCACUGUGCUUCAUUCUCUGCUGCUACCUUAGGAUUUCUGUACACUUACGUAGCAGAGGGGCUUUAUUUAAGAAAAAUGAUAGUCACAUGAGGAGGGUCAACUUGAUGUUAGCUGCCAUGGUUGGAGCAUUUGCUGCUUGUUGGCUACCUCUUCAUAUCUUCAACACCAUUGUGGACUGGCAUCACAAACUAAUUUCUGUGUGUUUCCACAACCUCAUCUUCUCUUUGUGUCAUUUACUCGCCAUGACUUCUACAUGUGUUAACCCAGUUAUCUAUGGCGUACUGAACAGCAAUAUAAACCAGGAACUGAAUGUCCUCUUUCAGAAGUGCACAGGGAGACAUGGGAAAAGAGCAGUCACUUUGGAAGAACAGAACAAUUCUCCAUUGUCUCUUAUUCAGAGUGCUGCAUUGUUAGUGUCCCCAGUUUCAUGCCAUGAACAAGCUGUAUGUUGAAAACCAUAAGCCAAAAGUAUCGAAAAGGAUGAAAUCAAAAUGAAGAAUGUUCCAUUCUCUGAAGUCUGAGAUGUUUUGCGAACCAAUGGAAAACAGCACAUAGGAAGCAGCGCUAAGUUUAGAAGGGAGAGGACCUUUGCUUUUAUUUGUGGAACAGGGUAAAAA